AUGUCUUCGAAACCAUGGACGCUUCAGGACACCUGUUGCAGUCUUUUCCCGCGAGGACGGGACAUCAAGAGCAUCAUCGGCAUGAAAUGGAAGCUCGGAGAUGCCACGGCGAGAUUCAACUCGAUCCAGAAAGAAGGGCCACAAAUCCAUGCUGAGAUCCAACUGAUGAUGUAUCUAGCUCAGCAGAAGUCAUCGCAAAGCUCCCGUCAGGAACCCAACUGGCUGAUAUAUGGCUACAUCGGUUACAGCAAGAAGUCCUGCUAUCUUUGCAACGAGUUUAUCAAGCGGUAUGACCCUGUCUUUCGAACCCGAGGGUCCCAUGGCGCUCUCUACAGCCAAUGGACCGUUCCACACCUUGAGACAAGCGGCGACCUUGGCGGCGCUUCUGUUCGGAUCGCACGGGCACUUCAUCAGAUCGAACAGGAACUAGUAUCUCUUGCUAGGAAGGAUAAAAGGGGCAAAACUCAGAUUGCUGCAGUGAAACAAUCAUCAGUAGGUGGCUCUUCCUGUGCAACCGCAUUGCCGGGCGACAAGGGUGACACAUCGAAAUGGAGGCAACUCUUGAUCAGUUCGCAUUUGGAUGAGGAGAGAAUGCGCAACAUUCGAACACUAUUCGGUUGGUGCUAA